AUGGUACCUGGCUCACCAACAGCGGGCGGUAUAGUCGGGCCGCCUGACCUCUCCACAACUGCUCCGCCUGGGACAGAUUUACACCAUGCUCCAAACAGGGGGUGGAUGAAACACCGCGACGGGCUUGUGUCCGGCCGAGACUCUCCUACCUGGGACAUUCGGGUCGGCCUGCAAUGGCCACCUGGCUGUCUUAACUUUGCAUGUAUG